AGAUAAAAGCGACAGGACCUCGACACUGAGUAUUUAAACACAGUCACUGAUAAAGACGAACAGAACCACUUGCGUUGCUUGCACCCCGCUAUCUUUGUCAGGACCAUGGAGAAUUCCCGACUGUGGUUGAGAGCCGUGGUCUGCUGUGUGCUGCUGUCCGUCACCUCUGGUGCUGAAUCGAACGACUUGAACGACUUGGAGACGAGAGGGCUGACUGAUUUUUAUCGCAAAGAUCCCAAUCUCACAAACGAAAAACAACUUCUGGGAGCUUUGCAAGAAGUUCUGGAAAAACUUCAGAGUAAAAGAGUCCCUGCAUGGGAGAAGAAAUUCGGACAAGUUCCUACGUGCGAUGUGAGAGAGCAAUGCGCCGUUAGAAAAGGAGCGCGGAUCGGCAAGUUGUGUGACUGUCCGCGCGGGGCUAUUUGCAAUUUCUUUCUGUUGAAGUGCUUGUGAAGAACAGAAGCAAAACUAAAGUCUGUAGCAGAUUAUAUAUAUAUAUAUAUAUAUAUAUAUAUAUAUAUAUAUAUAUAUAUAUAUAUA